UCGUAUUGAUUUGCAACUUUUUUAAAAGAAGAAGAAAUUCUAACAAAUUUUCUUGGUUUGUUUAUCAACUAAAAUGAACUAGAUUAUAUAUCUAUAAAUACCGCUCAAUUCCUUCUUGUAAAUUCCCACAUUUCUUCAAUUACAUCUUUGCAACUUGCAAAUGAAAUGAGCAUUGACGAUUCCGUCUUAGCAAAUAUUAAGACUCAGAACGAGUCCGAUGAUGAUGGUGAAACAUUUAUAGAAGUUCUAGGCCGAUUUAAUGAACAUGAAACAAGUUUAAAUUAUGACCCUUUAUAUGAAGGAGACGAUGAAGUCGAAAGAAAAAAGUUUAAAUGGCAAUGUGACGAAACACAAUUUAUUAAGCCCUAUAAAGCCGAGAAAGACGAUAUCGUAGGCCCAAGUAAGAAAAAAAUUGCAAAAUCAGAAUUGAGAUCAUUAAAUGGACAAGUAUGGAGUAAGAUUGCGCCAAUGGCAACAAUAGCUGAUGACUUGCCAGAAUGUUUUCCGACUGGGAAAGGACCGGCCAAAAGUGCUGCAAAUCUUCUCGAAGUUUGGCAUCUCCUCUUCGACGUUCCUAUGCUAAGUCAAAUGGUAAAAAGCACAAACGAGGAAAUAAAAUCCACCAAACGAAAGGAGCAGUACCAGAAACGUUUAACUGAUAUGACAGAAAUGCGAGCAUGGUUAGGACUGAACUACUUGUGUGGCGUCCUUAGAAAUACAUUAUGUCCUGGCCCCAUUGAAGAACUGUGGACACUAGAGCUUGGAAAUGCGAUUUUCAGGGCAACCAUGACAUACAAGCGUUUUGAAUACCUCAGCAAAUGUUUACGCUGUGUAGACCGCCCUGAAGAUUUGACUCACCCGCUCGAUGCAAUUGGCGAUAUGUGGGAGAAAUUGGUCAUCAAUUGCCGAUCGUACUACGCACCUAGCGAUUUUUGCAUGAUCGAUGAACAUAUUCUAGAUCUAACUAAAGACCCUCAAAGUCCCUUCGACCAUCACAUCCCUCCUCAAACCAACAGGAAAGGACUUCGCUUCAUUACAAUGUGCGAUGCUAAGACAUUAUAUAUUUCCAACGCCAUUGUAGCAAUCAAUAGCGAUCCUUUAGAUGAGGAAGUUUAUCAACUAAUUAGCGAUAUUAAAGGCUCAAGAAGAUGCUUGUGCCUACGCGAACGUUUCAGCUCUCUGGAGUUAAUGCAGAAACUAAAACAAAAUCAGCUUCAAGUUGUUGCUUCCAUGGACAAAACUGCAGAAGAUAUUCCUUCCGAGUUAUGCAACGAUCCCUCUGACGAAGAGACUUGGUAUUCAAAACACGAUGAUACUUUAGUAUGUGGUUUGGAUAAAAGUAUAACACAGACCGGAUGUCUCGUGACAAAUGGACUUUCGGCACGCAUUGAUGGAAAAAAGUUGUACCAAGUAGUAAAAGAUUCCAACACAAAAGCCUACGAACAAAUGAAGCGCUAUUCAACAAGAUAUGUCCAAGCAAAAAACAUGUAUUCAUGGCCAAUGGAAUUUUUUUACUUCAUGCUAGAUCUCACAGCCUUUAAUGCAUGGAUCCUGUAUCGCCUAUCGCAAAACGGCGAUCCAGAAAUUGAACAUAGGGAUUUUCUAAGACAAUUGGGACUAUACUUGACUCAACAGCAGUUAAAACAACGCAUACAUAUGAACUUAAAAAUGCCGCUCCCGUUAAAGUUACAAAUUACCGAAAUCCUCGGAGAAAACGUGCAAGCUGUCCUGGCCAGUGCCUCUAGGGCUACUGACGCAACAAACAAAGUUGGUUCGAUACCACCUGAGAAAGCAAUGAUUCCUGAGGGAAUUGUACUACAGUCGAGAGAAAAUGAUAAUAGAAGGAGAUGUCGAGGUUGCAAGUCUCGCAAUGGUUCCAAAAUAAAGACUAGAUGUCAGCAGUGCCUCGUACCCUAUUGUAUGCGUCACUUAAUAUCGAGGUGUGAAAAAUGUUCCGGGUACGAACUGCAGCAUUCUGAUCUCGACACAAGUAAAGUCGAAGAAUCACUUACCGCCGACUUUGACGCCUCCCAAGAUUAAAUACAAUAUAUAUUUUCUUAAUGUUUAAAACAAAAAUCAAUAUAAAUAAAUUUACUAACACCACGCUUUAUGUUCAUUGAAA